CAAUAAGUGACCGGCAAACAUCACACCAUCAUUUCCUCAUUCGACACACUCCUUAAAUUGGUGUUGCGUAGAUCGUACACCAGCCGAGCUGCCCACGAAGCACGAAGCUGUUUCUUCAUUCCUUUCCCAUCCCCUGGGUAGCUACGAAGACGAAGACCAGGACCAGGACCAGGACCAAUUGAACCAUUUAUACAAGCAGCUGCUUUGCUGCCACGAUCUCUACUGUCAUCGUAACGACGAUUCUCUACCGCAUCUCCUUGACACCACUAUUGGCGCUUCAGCGGACCACUGCAUCAUAUUUCGAUCUUCUCACCCAGAGGAUCCGUCACCAUGGCUCGAUUUGGAUGGCGAGUGCCGACGCCGACGCCCACACCCACUGACGCUUGGUCAUCAUACUUUGACUCGUGGAAGACCGAGGACAAGGAGGUACCAACGACAUUGGGGUAUGAGCCGAUGAUCCUCGACGACGACCUUUACCUGGACAGCAUCAAUGUCAAAUUCAACAUCGAUUUCGAGUUGGACUGGGAGAUGGAUUUCCAAGACACAAAUCUCUACGAGUACGAGUAUUCCACGACCAAGUUACGGGGUGUGAGCAACAGUAGGCGGUGCAAUAAGGGCGGCCAUGACGUCAAUAGACACGCGCGGGUGGCUCGAUUCCAGGGUCCAACAGGAGGCGCCAGGAACGAACUUAGGAGGGACCGAGAACGAGCGCGCAUCAGCCACGAGUAUCCCGGUUACCACGCCUAUCACGACGCCUAUAGGGGACGCUACGGGGGACGCUAUGAGGACGUCGAUGGGGAUCAUCCCCCCGAAUCUCUCAACGACCACGCCUAUCCCUGCGCCUAUAGGGCCCAGCACAACAACCGAAACCUCAAAAACUUCAUACGUCAUGGCAAGCAAGCCCGCGUGGCUGAGCCUCCCCGCGAUCAACCGACCACCAACGUCUCAAAUGUCCACGCUCAACCCCAGAAAUAUCACCAUGGCAUAACGGAGCCUGCUGGCGUCCAGAGGCAACAACACAAUCACCACCAAGUCCAGCCGCAUCCCGGCGAGUACUCGGUAGCCGCCGUUGACAAUCGGAAUGUCGCCGCGCAGGCUGGAGCUGCGGCUGCCAACCAACAAGGCAAACAACAAAAAAUCCACCAGUCCGAUAUCGAAGCUAUCGUCGCCGAAGAGAGGGAGAAAGCCGGGCAGAUGCCCAGGUAUCCGGGCUUAGAAAGAUACAUCCUGAUCGAAAAGAUGGGCGACGGCGCCUUCAGUAACGUCUACAAGGCCAGAGAUACGCAGACACAUGAUGAAGUCGCCAUCAAGGUGGUGCGAAAGUUUGAGAUGAACUCGAAUCAGGGCGACGCACACCUGCAUCCGAACUUCAAGAAGCAGCCAAAGGGCGUGGAGCGAGCAAACAUUCUGAAAGAGGUCCAGAUCAUGCGACAACUUGAUCAUCCCAAUAUCGUCCGACUGAUUGACUUUUCCGAAUCGAGGCAAUAUUACUAUAUCGUGCUUGAGCUGUGCCCUGGAGGCGAAUUGUUCCAUCAAAUCGUUCGUUUGACCUAUUUCAGCGAAGACCUGAGUCGUCAUGUCAUUACUCAAGUCGCAAAAGCAUUGCUGUAUUUGCAUGAAGAAUGUGGCGUCGUCCAUCGCGAUAUUAAACCAGAAAACUUACUCUUCUACCCUGUUCCAUUUGUUCCUACUCGGAACCCAAAGCCCAGAGGCCCGGACGACGAAGACAAGGCCGACGAAGGUGAAUUCAUUCAUGGCGUUGGUGCCGGUGGCAUUGGUCGGAUCAAAAUUGCCGAUUUUGGUCUUUCCAAGGUCAUCUGGGACUCUCAAACCAUGACGCCUUGUGGAACGGUCGGUUAUACCGCUCCAGAAAUCGUCAAAGACGAACGAUACAGCAAAUCAGUCGACAUGUGGGCCCUUGGCUGUGUCCUUUAUACGCUGCUUUGCGGCUUUCCUCCUUUCUACGAUGAGUCGAUCCAAGUAUUGACCGAAAAGGUCGCACGAGGUCAAUAUACCUUCCUCUCCCCAUGGUGGGACGACAUUUCCAAGUCAGCACAAGACCUAGUGUCUCAUCUGCUCACCGUCAACCCCGAUAAACGAUUUACUAUCGAACAAUUCUUGGCACACCCUUGGAUUAGAAACGUUCAAGAGCCAACCUACGCUGCAGCCGAUGCGCCACCCCUGGCAACCCCUCUUGCCGUGAGACAAAAGGAAUGGGCUCAGGCCGGCAAUCUGCCCGCAGAUAUCUAUGGCAUCGGAACCCCGGGUACCCCUGGCAAACGAGCCGAUUUCCGAUCCCCAGGAGCCGUUAAUUUGCGAGAAGUGUUUGAUGUCGGUUAUGCUGUGCAUAGACAGGAGGAAGAAGCCAAGAGAAGAAAGAACUUUAAGCAAGGGUACCGCGGUGCUGGUAUGCCAGGAGGUCUGAAUCCGCUGAACGAGGACGACUUUGACGAAGAUGAUGACUAUGAAGAGGAAGUUUCGAGCAAGGUUCCCAAAGCACAACAGCCAUCGGAUGUGUCAAGUAUGGAAGCGAAGAUGCGAACGACGAAUUUGGGCAACCAACCGUCUGCAGCUGCUCAAGCCCGGGCUGCCGCGGCGCCCCCUGCACGGAGUCAACAACAACAACAACAACCCCAGGAGAGAGGUUAUGGCCAGCACAGUGCUGCCGUUGCCGCUGCAGCCAAGAGGGACGUUGGUCGGAGAAAUAAGCAGCCGUUCGAAUUGAGUCUGGAUAAUUCCACCUUGCUGGGCAGGAGGAACAAGAUGGGUGGUAAUGCUGCUGCUGCUCCUUCAAAGUUGAGAGAACAAAUUAGCGCGAGAUAG